UAGCAAUAUGACAACUCAAAAGAAGAGCAAUGCGGCGGACCAUUUGGAGCCAUGGCGGCAAUUGGAAGGCAAAGUGGUUUUUGUCACCGGAGCAUCGGCGGGGCUCGGCCGCGAAUACUGCCUUGACCUUGCUAGGUCAGGCUGUAAAGUCGUGGCAGCCGCUCGUCGCGCCGAUCGAUUGAAGUCCCUUUGUGAUGAGAUUAAUGCAAUGGCUAGUUCAAAUGUUGAAAUUGUUAGAGCUGUAGCUGUUGAACUUAAUGUUACUGCUGAUGGUCCACUCAUUGAAGCAUCAGUACAGAAAGCUUGGGAUGCUUUUGGCCACAUUGAUGUGCUCAUUAACAAUGCUGGUGUUAGAGGUGGAUUAAAAUCAGCAGUGGAUAUUUCUGAGAAAGAGUGGCAUAACACUUUAAGGACAAAUUUGACAGGAUCUUGGCUAGUUUCUAAAUAUGUUGGGAAACACAUGCAAGCUGCAAAACGAGGAGGCUCUAUUAUUAAUAUUUCAUCUAUUAGUGGUAUAAAUAGAAUAUCAAUGCGAGGGGGUAUUGCCUAUUCUUCCUCCAAGGCUGCCGUGGAUACCAUGACCAAGGUAAUGGCAUAUGAAUUGGGAGAACAUAACAUAAGAGUGAAUGCAAUAGCUCCAGGAAUUUUCAAAUCGGAGAUUACUGAGAAAUUAUUGCAAAAAGAUUGGCUAAAAAAUGUAGCAACAAGAAGUGUUCCACUGAAAACUUUUGGAACCACAAAUCCUGCUUUAACUUCACUUGUGAGAUACUUGGUCCAUGACUCUUCCAAUUAUGUAUCUGGCAACAUAUUUAUUGUUGAUUCCGGUUAUACUCUUCCUGGUAUCCCCAUCUUUUCUUCUCUGUGAGUUAUAGUCAGAGGCGAAGUCAGAAUUUAAAGUUUAUGAGUUCUGAAUUUGUAAUCGAACUCAAUACGUCUUAGUUAUUGA